AACGAGAAUGGGAUGAUGAUCUUUCUUCUUGUGAAAUAGAGAUUCAGCUCGAUUCCAAACAAAAAUUGUAAUUUGAUCGUGCUUGCGAAGCUCCAUGGAAGCGUAUAAGCAAUGGGUACGGAGAAAUAGAGAGUAUGUGCAUUCCUUAGGAUCUCUUGCCAACGGAUUGACAUGGCUGCUUCCUGAGAAGUUUUCUGCUUCAGAGAUUGGACCCGAAGCAGUUACGGCUUUUCUAGGCAUAUUCACAACCAUCAAUGAACACAUCAUUGAAUCUGUUCCAACCACCCGUGCUCAUGUUGGACCUUCCGGGACUGAUGAUGAUUCAUCCCUUUCUUAUCCACUACUCAUCUCCAUCCUAAAAGACUUGGAAACCGUUGUAGAAGUAGCUGCUGAACACUUCUAUGGAGAUAGAAAAUGGAACUUCAUUAUUGCAACUGAAGCGUUGAAGGCUCUGAUUAGGUUAGCCUUGUUUCGGAACACCGGAUAUAAGAUGCUUCUUCAUGGAGGGGAAACACCUAAUGAUGACAAAGAUCCUAACCAAUCCCAGCCGCAAAACAGAGCUGGUACUUUAGAUAGGAAUCGUUUGGGAAAUCAAAACCAUUAUAAUCCAUGGAACUUGGAAGGACGGGCGAUGUCAGCUUUAAGUUCAUUUGGUCAGAAUGCAAGAACAACACCAACAUCUCCUCCCUCGGCUUGGUCUCGAAGGAUUCAACAUCAGCAAGCAGUAAUAGAGCCUGCAAUGAUCAAGGAGAAGCGAAGAACACUCUCCGAGCUAUUAUCUGAGAAGGGUGUUAAAGGAGCCUUGUUUGUAAUAGGUGAGGUUCUUUGCAUAACGAGACCACUCAUCUAUGUUAUCUUCAUAAGAAGAUAUGGAAUCAGGUCUUGGAUUCCUUGGGCUAUAUCCCUUUCUGUGGAUGCACUGGGGAUGGGGAUUCUUUCAAAUCUAAAGUUGUGGGGAGAGAAGAGCAAGCAAAUACAUUUCUCUCAACUUGAAAGGGACGAGGAGAAGAAAGCUGAUGUGGGCGUUGUACCUCAUGAGAGAUCCAUUCUUCACCAAGUACACAAGGCAGAAGCUGGAAAGCUCUCAGAAGAAGGUGGAACCAGUUCCUUUGAUAGGCUUCUUCACAGAGAAAAUUGUGGAGCUUUUGGUGGGAGCUCAGUCACGGUACACUUACAUAUCGGGAUCUUGAGUUUUAUCACUCUGCAACAGAACAUUAUCGCCACUGUGGAGAGAUUCGUAGGGAAUGUUACAGGCUUUGUAAGAAGUUGCGUUUAUUGCAGUUAGGACAUACGAUCAAAGAUGUAGUUUGAUGAUGAGCUGUUUGUGUCUGAACAUUGGUCCCAUACAAAUAAAUGAAACAAAGCAUCAACGUUUUCAUCAGUGCAAGUGGAACAUGAAACCUUUUCAUUCACUUGUGUAAAUCACAAUCC